AUGAUCAAUUCCGUUGCUCUUCUGGCUCUUGCCAGCCCGGCCUUUGCCGGUAUCAUGCAGGCUCGUGGCGAGGACUUCAUCCGUCCCGCUGCUCAGAGCUCUGCUGCUGUUGCUACCCCUGCCCAGGCUGAGGGCUGGGGCGAGAGCUGGUCCAAGCCGGCCGAGCAGUCUUCGACCUACGAGUCCUGGAGCAAGUCCACUGAGUCGUCUGAGUCGUGGACCAGCCCGUGCACCACCUCGACCAGCCCGGUGCCAGAGCAUAGCACCACCACCCGGGUGCACUCUACCACCACCACCCCGGUGCACAGUCACUCCACCUCUACCCCGGUGCACAGCACCACUACCCCGUGCACCACCUCGACCACCCCAGUGCCUGAGCAUAGCACCACCACCCCGGUGCCUGAGCAUAGCACUACCAUCCCGGUGCACAGCAGCAACAGCACCACCCCGUGCACUACUUCGACCACCCCGGUCCCUGAGUAUAGCACCACCAUCCCGGUGCACAGCAGCAACACCACCACCCCGUGCACUACCUCGACCACCCCGGUGCCCGAGCAUAGUACCACCAUCCCGGUGCAUAACACCACCACCCCGGUGUAUAGCACCACUAUCCCGGUGCACAGCAACACCACUACCCCGUGCACUACCUCGACCACCCCGGUGCCCGAGCAUAGCACCACCAUCCCUGUGCACAACACCACUACCCCGGUGUAUAGCACCACCGUCCCGGUGUACAGCAAUACCACCACCCCGUGCACCACCUCGACCACCCCGGUGCCCGAGCACAGCACCACCACCUGGGCCAACGGAACCACUACUGUGCCCGAGCAGACCACCAAGCCUCACUUCCCUGUGAAGCCUGGCACCACCAAGACCCUCACUUAUGUGACCACCACCUGCCCUACUUCCUCGUCUACCAUCACCUCUGGCUCUAAGACCUGGACUGUGCCCGUCACCGGAACAAGCACCAUCACCAUCACCAAGACCACCGUGUGCACCUUGUGCGAUGAGAAGCCUUUGACCUUCUACAACUCCACUGUGCCUGCCACUGCAGGCCCCACCGCAGGCCCCACCGCUCCCGUUGUGCCGACCACCGUGGUUCCCGUUGUCCCUGGAGAGACUCACCCCGCUGUUCCCGUUGUUCCUGGCGAGACUCAUCCCGCUGUCCCCGGCGAGACCCAGCCCGCAGUCCCUGUUGUCCCUGUUGUCCCUGGCGAGACCCAGCCCGCUACCCCCAUUGUCCCCGUUGUUCCCGGUGAGACUCAGCCCGCUGUCCCCGUUGUCCCCGGUGAGACUCAGCCCGCUGUCCCCGUUGUCCCCGGCGAGACCCAGCCUGCUGUCCCCGUUGUUCCUGGUGAGACUCAGCCCGCUGUCCCCGUUGUCCCUGGCGAGACCCAGCCCGCUGUCCCUGCUGUUCCCGGCGAGACCCAGCCCGCUGUCCCUGCUGUUCCCGGCGAGACCCAGCCCGCUGUCCCCGCUGUUCCUGGCGAGACCCAGCCCGCUGUCCCUGCUGUUCCCGGCGAGACCCAGCCCGCUGUCCCCGCUGUUCCUGGACAGACCCAGCCCGCUGUUCCCGCUGUUCCCGGCGAGACUCAGCCCGCCGUCCCUGCUAAGUCCCAGCCCGCUGCCCAGCCCUCCGGCUCUCCUACUCCCUCCGCCCCGGAGGCGCCCUCUACCCCUGAGCAGCACGGCGCCUCUCCCUCCGCUGGCGAGUUCACCGGUGCUGCCUCCAGCGUCAAGCCCGUUGCUGGCUUCCUUGCUGGUGUUGUUGCCCUCAUGGCUCUCCUGUAA